CGUACAUAGGUAUCUGUGAAUCGCGGUACGACGGUGUGGACUUGUGGACGGACGAUUUCUGUGGAGAAGCAAGUUUUCUUUAUAUCCCUGCAGGGGUGAAUGCAGAGCGUAGAGCAAACAAUCAACGACGAAGAAGACGAGCAAACGCUCUACCAAGUUAGCAAGCAGCCAGCGAGAGUGAAGUGAAAAGUAGUGACCACCUCUUUCUCUAGGUGUAUCAAUCGGUGACCCCGUUCCACGUCCGACUGACAAAAUCAAUCCAACGUUAUGAACGAUACAGAGGUGAUUCUUCGUUACCUGUAUCUGGGAACCGACCAGCCGUUCUACAUCCGCAAGAACAAGCCCCUCGAUGUCAACGAAGGAUGUCGGAUCUUGGCUCCGGUUAGAACGCUGGCGGAAGCAACUGCGCACAUGGAUGAUCCGGCCGCACUCAAGGCAGCCGAAGCGGUCACUCUUAAGGAACCACCCGUGGACAUGAUCGUACGGAUCAUGAAGAGCGGUACCCUGGUCCGCAACGACGAGUGCCUCUUCGCGCUGGCUUUUCUGGCUCGAACUUUCACCAAACCGGAAGAGAAGCACAAAGUCUACGAAGUUGUGCCAACGUUGAUCGAAAGUUCAAAGGAUCUGUUCCAGUUCGUGCACUUUUAUCAGGUAUUGGCGGCGAAACCGGCCGGAAAAGGUUUCGGAAAUGGUAUGAAAGUUGCUAUUGGCAAGUGGUACAAUAAACACUCGGCAGAAGAGCUGGCAAAUCUGCUGGCAAUGGAUCGCGGUUGGCACGACUGGUGUCAUAAGGACAUUCUCAAAAUGGCACACAUGAACCUGGAGGAUGAAGCCAAAAUGCAAGUUUUGGAUGCUGCUUGUGGUGGUAAGGGUAAGAAGCGGCCGACUAAAUCCAAAACUAACGGAGAAUCGAAAGACGACGUAGCACAAGUCGACAGCAAAGCGCUGAAAAUCUACAACCGAAUGAAGGCAUUCAAAUCGGUGCAAACCGCCAACGAAGCCACCGGCUGCAUUAAAACGCACAAAUAUUCGCUUCAGUUGGUUCCUUCGCAGCUGCACCGUGCGCCAGUGGUUUGGGAAAGUCUGUUCCCUCACAUGUCGUACCGGGACAUUGUUCAGGCCGCACUGGUUCUACAGGAUUACAAACUGCUGAAGGAAACCGAUACUCCCCUGUCCGAAGCCUACGGGAAAGUGCUGAAUCGUAUGACAUCGGUCACCGAGUCAAAGGUUAAUUCAAUCUUCAUCUACCAGGUGAUGCGUUUGUUCGAAGAACGGCAGCGUUACUUGAAUGCGGUCAAGGAAGCGAUCCACACGACGAAUAAUCUGGCAUUGAAGAAUACGAAAGCUAAUCCAACGGUGCUGAAGCAGUUCUACGGCGCUUUGAACCAAUCGAUGCUAAACUAUCAACGCACGGGGCUCAACUUUCUGGUGACUUUGGAUUUGAGGUCUAAGCAAUCCAAGAAGCGCGUAUUCGGCAAUCGGCUGAUGUCCUGUCAGGCGGCUUACAUCCUGUUGACCCUUCCGAUGUUCAAACGGGAACCUCACUUGAAGGUUUUUUCGUUCACCGAUCAACCGACCGAGCUCGUCGAAGUGGACCUCACUCGGGAGAUGGAUUUCUUCAAGGGAUGCGAUCACAUUCAGAACCAUGCGAACAAGAAGACCAAGGUUAGCAUCACCCAGCCGAUUCAGCAUGCGACUAAGAAGCAGAUGAAGGUGGACGUGUUCAUCACCAUCGUCGAUUCGUUGAUUCGGGUCAAUCCCAAACGCGAAUCACCGGUGGCCGCGCUCAAAAGCUACAAUAAGAACAUGAAUAGGAACGCUCGGUACAUCGUCGUCAGUUUGAGCCGCCACCAGCAGGAUCUGGAUCACGCCAAUAUGGGCUCGACCAAAGGAGUUCUAGAGCUGGUGGGUUGCUCGGAAGAGACACCCAAGCUGAUCGAUGCCUACGUAAAGCAUCACUUUACGUAAGCUGCAUUUGGAUCACAACCACUUCGAGGAAGAAGUGGCACAGUAAGUACUGCGAAUCUUUUGAGGAAGGAAUUUCUGCAGAAAUCGGCGAAUUUGAUUUUCAAGUGUUUUUUUUUACUAGUAAUGACAGGCGGGGGAGUUCAGAGUAGUAUUGGAUUCGUCUUUUAAUUUCGCUAUGUGGUUGUAAUAAGUGACGCAUUGGGAUGAAUAUUUGAAUUAUCGUAACUAGCGUAAGGCGGCUGUGAAGCAAAUGUCCACAAUGUGAAACUGACUAAUUUAAUUCCCUUUUGUUGAGUUAAGCAUUUUCGGAAAUACAAGUAACAUUUCUUUAAAGGAAAGAACGUUAGAUGAAUAACAGUUAUUGGUGGCACUUUAUUAUUCCGUUUGAAGGUGAAUCAUCGAAUAAUCGAUAUCAAUUUGCAUAUAUACUCGAAUUAUUACGUUAAAAUGGGAUAUUCAUAAUGAAUCCAUGUAUUUUAUAGGUAGGGUAAGGUGGGCAUGCAGGGUCGACAUCAACAGGCUAAUGUCGCUAUUUCAGACAAAUGUUGAACCGGUUUAAGUGCAGCUGGUUCCAUUUUUUUCAAUUUUUCGAUCGGGCAUUUGGUUUCGGAGAUAAGACCAAACCCUGUUGAAUCCACUUACUAGGGAACAAGUGUAUUUUUCGUAUAAUAUUAUAGUACAACACAACACACAGUGAAUGCUAAAUAAGAGCUUAUUCAGGCCAAAUUAUGCUUCUCCAGCUAAACAAUGACUUAUUCAGAUUGUAUUCAAAUCAAAUUGUUUGUUGGAAAUUUCAUAUUCUGUUCACUACUGGAGGGAGACCCGAAACAUACCUUAAUGUUAGUUUCUCAAAAACGUUCUGCCCUUCUGAAAUUCUAAAUCAAUUUCAAUCUGGAAUAAUUGAAAAAAAAAUACAGGUCCAGGAAAGGAACAAUGUUUCAAACUAAAAGAAAUAUUGAAGUUGUCGGACUUAAAAAAAAUCCACAAUCCGAUAGGCAUUUAAACAAAAAUCUAGGAUUUCGUCUGCAUUUUCAAACAAACUU